UUUCAGAGCGCUUUUUAAGGUUCAUCACUGUAAAGACUAACACAGAAUACUCACACCUACAUCUUCCCUUGCACAUUUGCUAUUGUUCAUCGGCCACCUCCAUAUAUAGAACGCCCCCUGUUCAAGUGUUGAAAGGGUAAUCACAAAGGGUGUUCGAAUCUGUCAUCAUCAGAUGUUAAUUCGUAGAUUGAAGCUGCUGCUUUCGCGCCUAUCUUUGAUUUCCAAAACUAGAAGAAGAAGAAGAAGAAGAAGAAGAAGAUUCUCCAAGAAGGAAAAAGUUAAUUCUCUCCCAAACGAAGUUGUGGAAGAAAUCCUCAUAAGACUCCCUGUGAAGUCACUGGUGAGAUUCAGGUGCGUUUGCAAGGACUGGUUUUCUCUAAUCUCCAGCAACGCCUUCAUCGCCGCCCACACCAGCCGAGCUCUCUCUCGAAGCGAUUACAUCAAUAAGAGCAACCGAGUUCUCUUUCGGUACGUCGGAACGGUUUUCUUGAAAUAUUUUCCACCUAGACACUUCCAGUACUUUAGUCUGCGCUCUGAUGAUGGAUCAUUUGGUCGUAAUAGAAACUUCAUCCACUUGAAAUACCCAUUCGACAUAACUUCAACUUUAGAUAUUCUUCCCAACAUAGUGGGUUCGUGGAAUGCGCUAUUCUGCUUUGCUUAUGAUAAUCCUUAUCGCAGAUAUGGCUAUAGUCUAUGGAACCCUUCCAUUCAUAGAGCUCUAAGCCUUCCUGACCCUAACUUCACCUUGUGGUCAAAGUCACUCCACAUUUGUAAGCAUUUCCAUGGAUUUGGGUAUGACCCAUCUACCAAUGAUGUUAAGCUGGUCAGACUUGCAUAUCAUGGGCUGCCUAUCCCGAAGGUUCCCCCGCUGGUCGAGAUCUAUACGCUUAACACUGGCUGCUGGCGAGCUAUUACUUCCCCUGCUCCCUCAUAUAUUGUCCGUGACCGUUGCUUAUCCGUUUUUGUCAAUAGGGCAUCCCACUGGGUCGCCCUUACUGCACCAGGUGAGCGCACAUUUCGCAAUGUGAUAGUGGCGUUUGAUAUGGGUGAUGAGGUGUUUCGUGAGAUUGCAAUGCCCAACUGCUUUGUUGGGAAAUUUUAUUUGAAUAUGACUGUUGCGGUGCGUGAUGGAUUACUUUGUCUUGUCCCGUUUAAUCAACAAGAGCAGGAACAGUCUGUUUCUCUAUGGAUCAUGAAAGAGUAUGGCAUUGGAGAAUCUUGGACUAAGCUAUUCAACAUUCAUAUAAGUGGAUUAAAGAGGGUGGUAGCCUUCAGGCAAAACGGUGAAGUUCUAGUUACUAACAGAAAUGUGGAGCUUCUUUCCUAUGAACCAAAUAUCCAACGUGUUACUCAGAUAAAAUUUUGUAAAUUUUCAUCCUCGGAAAUUAAAACUAGGUUUGUGGAGUGUUUAUUUUUUUGGGAUAAAUACUUGGAGAGUCUUGUUCUACUAAAUGCAAAAGAUGGAGUCUCGGGAGGGACGGCAAAUACUUCUUAUGCAAGUGCAAGAAAAGGCAAGUUUGCAUACUCGAUUACCUCUUUGGCUCUUUGCACAUCAUACUAUAUGUUAACCUUUUUCUUAUUUUGGGGAAUAUGUGAUGAACUUAUUUGA